AUGGUUGGGGAUCAGCCCGUAUGUCCACCUCAGCUCCUACUGCGGGGCUGGGGAGCAGUGCUGCUGUCUCAGUGCUUGUCCUCCGUGUUCUCCCAGAUCCCGGAUCCUGAGCUUUUACCCACAGAUCCCCCAAAGAAGCCAGACCCCGUCAACUCAGAGACUGUUGUUUUCUGGGGGCUGCGGUUAUGGCAGGUCAUCGGCAUCUUUUCAGUGUUUGUUUUAGCAGUCGUUAUCACUCUGUGUUGUAUAUUCAAAUGUCGAAUUCCGAGAACCAAAAAGGAAAUUGAGGCGAGGCACGCGCAAAGAGAGGCCGCCAAGAAAUAUGCCAACACAUUAGAGACAGUGCCACCUCUAAAUGAGCUGACUGAGAUCCCAGGAUCUGCAAAAGCAGAAGAAACUAAGGAGGUGACAACAGUCUCUGGGAAAGUGGAUGGCGAUAAAGGAGAAAAGAAGACCAAGGAGGGCAAGAAAGAGGGCAAGGGUGCCAAAGAAGGGAAAGGAGAUGAAAAGGAUGCACCAACAAAGAAGAAGGGUGAAAAGGGUGAAAAGGAAGCAUCCAAGAAAGAAGGUGGUGAAGGGAAAGGGAAGAAAUCUGGAGAGAAGGGAGACAGAGGGGAAAAGGGAGAAAAAGGAGGCAAAGGAGGGGCUAAAGGGGGAGCUAAGAAAGCUCAAAAGUGA